CUGGAAGAUGGAAAGAAAGAAGUUAAUGUGGUCAGGUUGAAAGAAGAAGAGGUGGAAAAUGAGGAAGAUGUGCUGGAUUUGUUUCGCAGUGGAACUAAGUUAAGAACUGCAGUAGCCACUUCUGCCAACUCAAACUCGAGUCGUUCUCAUACAGUUCCGCAGAUCAUAAUGAAACAACAUAAUAAGCUGUGGGGUAAAUUUUCUUUGAUCGACCUUGCUGGUAACGAACGCGGACAAGAUACUGGUAACUCUGAUGAACAAACUAGGAUGGAAGGUGCCGAAAUCAACAAAUCUCUGCUAGCUCUUAAGGAAUGUAUCCGUGCUAUGGCCAAGAACAGCAAUCAUGUUACAUUCAGAACUUCGAAGCUCACUCUUGUGUUACGAGAUUCCUUUGUUGGCAAAAAUGCUGAGACUUGCAAAUCACAUAGUCAAUUUACGAAUCACAUAGUCAAUGUCCUCAAUUGUUAA